AUGGCAUUAACUAAUUCGAGACCUCUACAAAUCCCAACAAUGGAGAACGAUAUGCUUCAUAAUAAUAGCUCUCCUAUAUUUGCAUUCAAUACUUUGAAUGUCAGUAAUGGCAACAAUAAUAUGUCGUUCCCUGGUUCAGAAACCGUUAACUUACCUGACAUUAAUCCAUCUGUAAACCCAAACUCAGAUCUCCUUUUCGAUGCUAACGGUAAUGACGUUUCUGAUAAUAGCAUGUCAAGAACAAAUAGUAACAUAUCUGCAAAACCAAGUAGAAAUAAUAUUGGUAACAGUAACAGCACUCCCAAAAAGGAGAAUCCUUUACUGGAAAUAUCAAAAUUAAUCCCAGUCACCGGUGAGAGACCGAUGCCAAAUGACAAAAAAUUAGUUUUGGAUGAUGAUGUAUUAUAUAAUGUCUUUAUCAUCUUAUGGGAACAAGAUCCACAUCAACAAGGUAUGACCGUGAAACAACUUUGUGAUCAUCUUCUUGUAAAUCAUCCUGAAAUGUCAAAUUUAUCAACGAAGUUGUCAAAUUUAGUAUCUGCUAAAUUGAACGCCUACGUCAAAAAAAUUGAAAAAGGUGAAAAGACUUUAAUUUAUGCAAUCUCAAGAGAAUGGUCGAAUUCUUCCCCAAGAAGAAUGCUUUAUAUUUAUAGAGGUAUACUUGCGCCAGAUUAUAAAGCCCAAGCUCAAAAAGUUGCAAAUGAAUUGAAACAACAGUUUCAAACUGCAAACAACAAUGCAUCAAACGAUCUAUCAACCUUUUUUGACACUUUAACAAAGACUCCAAUAAAUAAGAACAAUCAAAAUUUAAAUGGCAAGAAUCAAGUUAUACCAUCAAAUUUAGCUUUUUCUCUGAGUCCAGAAUUCAAUAUUCCUUAUUCUUCAUCCCCUGUAUCUGUAACAUUAAACACUGCAUCCUCGCAAGCAAAUAGCAGCAUGAAACCCAAUAAUGAUGACUUAAUGAAACCACCUUCCGCACCGAUAACAAAUAUGUCCAAGAAGAGAUCUUUCGUCAAUUCUGAAAAAAGUGCAAGAUCGAAAUCAUCAACUCCACUAAGUAAAAAAGUCAAAUCCUCAGACUCAUCUUUAACGUUAUCAAAUAUGAAUAACAACAAUAGCAGUAGUAGCACAAGUAUAUCCCAAUCAAGCAUUGUCACUUCUUCAAAUCAAGAGGUUGCACAGACACCAUCAACUUAUGUAACAGCUGUAGCUGCUGCACCAAGACUUUCCAAAUUAUUACCAAGAAAUAACUCUUUCAACAAGUCUUCUAACAAUAAUGGUAUGAGUGGUAGCAUCGCCUCUUCGAUUCAUAAUCUCAUCUUAACCCAGACUCCGGUUUCUAGGUCACCCACUUCCAAGAAUGAAAUAACCAAUGAAGAUUGGUCUAACAUUGUUAGAAAUGGAUUUUUAACUACUGAUAUUGAAUCUCCUGAAUCAAUAUCUUUAGAUGAAUUAGAUAAUAUAUUCGAUUAG